CAUCAUUGAUUCUGUUCGCGGUGUAAACGGAGAGGACUGGGUGUGAGACGCUGCAGGCACGGAAUGACCUGCUCUCAUCCUCGCAGAGAACAAGUGCAAUAAAUUACAACUUCGUGGGGCCCGCUGCAGCUUUUUGUUUUUAGUGGGUUUCACGUGGAGGCUCACGGAUCUCCAAGGUGAUGAGCCGUCCCGAGCCGCGGACACACGCCGCUGUCCAUGAUCCUGAGUGAGGGGACGGAGGCACCACAGGCCGUAAGUUGAAACGCUCAGGAGAAAUGGAGCUACGCGUGGGGAACAAAUAUCGCCUCGGCAGGAAGAUAGGGAGUGGAUCCUUUGGAGACAUUUACCUCGGUUCAAACAUCACUACAGGAGAGGAAGUCGCCAUCAAACUGGAAUGUGUCAAGACCAAACAUCCACAGCUCCACAUCGAGAGCAAAUUCUACAAAAUGAUGCAGGGUGGACUGGGAAUCCCACUUAUUAAGUGGUGCGGUGCAGAAGGAGACUACAACGUGAUGGUGAUGGAGCUGCUGGGCCCCAGUCUGGAGGACUUGUUCAACUUCUGCUCCCGCAAGUUCAGUUUGAAAACGGUCCUGCUGCUGGCCGAUCAGAUGAUCAGUAGGAUUGAGUUCAUCCAUUCUAAGAACUUUAUCCACAGAGAUGUGAAGCCUGAUAACUUCCUGAUGGGGCUCGGGAAGAAAGGCAACCUGGUCUACAUCAUUGACUUUGGCCUGGCCAAGAAAUACCGUGAUGCCCGAACGCACCAGCACAUCCCCUACCGAGAAAAUAAGAAUCUCACUGGUACUGCACGCUACGCCUCCAUCAACACCCACCUGGGUAUCGAGCAGUCAAGAAGAGACGACCUGGAGUCUUUGGGUUAUGUUCUCAUGUACUUCAACUUGGGUUCUCUGCCAUGGCAGGGCCUCAAAGCUGCAACCAAGAGGCAGAAGUAUGAGCGCAUCAGUGAAAAGAAAAUGUCCACCCCCAUCGAGGUGCUCUGCAAAGGAUACCCUUCUGAGUUUUCCCUUUACAUGAACUUGUGCCGCUCUCUGCGAUUCGACGACAAGCCCGACUACUCCUAUUUGAGGCUACUCUUCAGGAACCUUUUCCACAGACAGGGCUUCUCCUAUGACUACGUCUUUGAUUGGAACAUGCUGAAGUUUGGGGCCAGCAGGACAGCAGAUGACGGUGAGAGAGAAAGAAGGGACGGGAAAGAAGCCAACAGAGUCAGGAACGAGCCAGAGACGACUCCUUCCAAUCCAGCAACACGUGGGGCCCAGCCGUCAGGAAACCAUUCUCCUCAGGUGGGGAGAGCAGAACGAGCAGAGCGAGAGCGCAAGGUGGCCAUGAGGCUUCACCGCGGGGCCCCUGCCAAGGUCUCAUCGUCUGACCACAACGCACGUCUCGAACAAGCCCCCAUCAGCGCAGCACAGGUCAAAGUGCCGUUUGAACAUCUGGCAAAAUGAGUUUCCUGUCAGUGGCCUGCAGGUGAGUAGCAGCAUUUGACGACCAUCGACCCCUCCCAAACUUUUUCAAAUGAAUGAAUGAAAUGAUGAAUGAGUGAGGGAGGAGGAAGCAUCGUGUUGACCUGUAAACGGAGCGCGUCUGUCCCUGGGUCUGCGGUGUGAGCAUGAAGCCGUUUGAAGAAGAAGGGAAACCAGAGAGUAACAACCUUUACGCCUGGGGUGGACACGACACAAACACGUCCGGACCUUCUUCGUUCAUAUUUGUCUUCACAUCCACUCAGCUGCACAAAUAAAAAGGAUUAAGUUUAAAGUAACUCUGGUCAAAAAUAUAUGAAUUUUCCUGUUUGGUAGCUAAAUGUGCUGCUUUUGGUGUUCUAGUUAAAUCUACAAACCACCUAAACACGAACACAGAAGAAGAUGCUGCAGUGUAGACCGAGGUGAGGAUCAGAGGAGGAGAAACAUCAUCUGCGUCAUUGUCCUAAACGUUUGUUUUACUCACAGCAUUGCUUCUUUGAAGAGCCUAGAAGAGGAAGCAUGGAGGAAUGUGAUGAUGUGAUGAAGUCCAGCUUGUAACUCCAGGCAUGAAAAGACUUGAAGUGAUCUGAACUUGGAUAUGAGCAAGUCUGGUGUUACAUUUUUAUUAUAAAUUCCCCCCUUUCUUUAUUUUUUUCCCAUUGUGUACAUCAUGUACAGUAUAUGUAGCUACAUUUUGCCUGAAUGUGACAGAGGUAUUUAAGAUAAGUCUGAAAAAGUACCAUUCUUUCUUGUCUGAGGCAAAAAAAAAA